UGGUGGAACUGGCUCAGGUGGCGUUAACAUUACUUCUGUGCUCUCUGACAUAAAGUAGGGAGUGCAGACAAAAAGACUAAGAACAGCAGUAGGGGGUAGCAGUGUUUUUUGAUCCCUCUGGAUCCCUUUCUUCCUUUUUGGUGGAAUUUAAAGUGGAACAGGCUGGAUGGCCACUGAGGACAUUGAUUGGCUUGACCUUCCAGGCAGGUGGACAUAUGGAGUUUGCAGUAAUGGGAGAAUCUUCUUUGUCAAUGAUGAGACAAAAUCUACCUGCUGGAUACACCCAAGUAGUGGUUGUCCCAUCCAAAGUGGGCACUUCACCUGGUCAGAGGUGCCUAAAAGCUGGGAGAUGGACACCACACCACGGGGGGCUAUCUUUUUUAUCAAGUAAGUGACCUGGGGACACCAGGUAUUCAAAAAGUGGAACAAAGGCAUGUUGUGCAAACUUUUAAAUAAUACUAAUAUGUAAAAACCAAAAAUUUAAAUUAUUAAACAUUUGUGUGUAUAUAAAA